AUGAUUGAGCCUUGCAAUUAUGAUUCCUCAGAAAAUAAUUUUCCUGAUAAAAUCACUAUUAUAAAAUCCAGUGAUUGCUAUAGGCGUGUCCUGUAAAUAGCCUGAUAUGAGCUAGGGAUAGAGGCCAAAACUUCGCACUUGGCUCGGCCAAAAUGGAUUGGUCGAACCAAGUGAAAGGAGACUUAUUUGCCACUUUCCACUUGGCUCGAUCAGCCCCUUUUGGCCGAACCAAGUGGGAAGUUUUGGCCUCUAUCCCUAGCCCAUUGCAGGCUGUUUACAGGAUAUGCCUAUAUGAAUUCUGCAUUUCAUCUGGCUGCACUCUUGAGCUAUUAGAAAACGAUAAAUGUGACGAUGGUAAUAUAUAUAUAAGAAUGCAAAAUACAAGAAUGCGCUUGAGAUUUAGGACAAUGUGGAUUUUGUGCUAA